AUGGCUCAUUAGAAAUAAAAUAACAUGACUUACAAAACCUAAAUAGAGGUACUUUAUCAUAAAAUAUGUUUAGAAGCUUCACACUACUAGCAUUUCUUAUUUGUGGCAUACUUAAUAAAAUAUGCUAUUGGAAAGUUAUUCCAGAUCAUGA